AUGAAUUUAAAGAAGUUGCUUUUUGGGUUGCCGUCACUUCUAUCCGUGGCUUUCACCCUAUUUAUCUGCUACAUAUUUUACUUUAACUUCAUCCCCCUCCAAGUCAAAAAGCAUGGACUUGCUUCUGCAUGGAUUUUAGGCGUGAUUCAUACUUUUCUCGCAAUCAUGACGUUAUGGUCUUUAUUUAAGACAAUGUUGUCUGAUCCUGGGAACUACAUGCAAGUUGUUCAAAAACUAAAUAAGAAGCAUUACGAACGCAAUAAUCUGAUUUCUCUCCCGAGCAAUGACUUGGAAUCGUCCACUCAGAUUAAUAAUGACAUUAAUGAUCAUUCCUCAGAUUCAACAGACGAACUUGACCAGACUCAUGGAGGUAGUUCUUAACUAGAUUUUGAUGAGUCUAUUGAAACUGUCAACACUUCAACCUCAUCUGCCAAUUAGACUGUAGAGUAGAGAUCUCAUAGAAGCAAAAUAGCACCUAAGGUAGAUGAAAAGUGGCAAGAUUAAGAGGACUAAAUAGAUUAAAUGUUCAGCGAGGGCUGCAGAAGUUUUAUCAGAUUCAGAUAUUGCCACAAGUGCAAGUAAGUCAAGCCACCAAGAACACAUCACUGCUCAGUUUGCAACUAAUGCGUGAUGCGAAUGGAUCAUCACUGCCCAUGGGUGGGAAACUGCGUAGGAGUAAAUAAUCACAAGUAUUUCUAUAACUUCCUGUUCUACUCCUUUUUGGGCACCUCUCAUGCCUUUAUCGCCUUAUUUUGUGCCAAAAAUAGCAUCAAUGAAUUCCAAAGAGAUAUAUUAUACAUGCUCGCAGGAGUUAUAUCACUUGCCUUCUCAAUAUCUAUUGGAAUUCUAUUUGCCACUCACACCUUUAUCUUAAUGAAAAACUACAGUACAAUAGAAAUGGGUGGAUUAAUGCCUAAAAAUCCAUUUUCAAAGGGUAGCAUAAGAGCUAACUUAGAAUAUACUCUUGGGAAGGAUUGGAGAUACUGGUUUAUUCCAAUAGAGUCUCCUCAAAGAGCCUGCGACGGUUACAAUCACAGCGUCGUCCCGAGUUAUUGA